AACUUGAUAGUGGUGGUUAAACCCAGCUUUCUGUCUUACAGGACUAAAAUAGCCCAACUUUGAAUCACUGGCUCAUCAUAAGUGAAAGUUAUAACAGAUUUAAUGUUAAUAGGUAAUGGAAAGCUGACUCCACGUGUUUGGACUCAAAUCCUGCUUUGUUUAUUUGCAACCACCUGAAGGGAGAAGCUCCUGAGAGACUACACUCAGACUUCCAGCUGUUAAAUCUGGAAGAAGCGUUCAGCAUCGCCUGCUGCUGAAAGCCCACCAUGCCUCUGUUUCGGGCUUCGGAUGAACAGGCAGAGGCGAAGGCCCGGCCCAGGCAGAGGUGUCUGAGGAACGUGAGGAGCACUGGGAGCUGCGGGAGGAAUCAUGACGAUGAUCGGGUCCUUUCUCUGGCUCGGCUGUGCCUGUUGAGCCUCGCUGACAACAUGAAGGACCUGUGGGUGAAAGACUAUGCUGACAACUACCUCGAUCAGUACUCAUUCAGAUACAUCAUGGGGCCUUUCAACCAACUGCCUGGUGAGCUGGUGGAGGAGCUGACGUGGCUGCUGGCCAUCAGAAAGCAGCUGUCUCGGGCAGCCCUCCACCUCUUGCUGGUCCCCCACCUCCGAGGUCUGUCUCUAGAAAGGUGUCCUGGCUUGGUGACACCGGCCUUGUGUGCCCACAUUGCUGCCCGUUGCCAGGGUCUGCGGAGUCUGGACCUUUCCGGAGCCCAGCAGCUACCUCCAAAAGUCCUCUGUGAAACUCUCUCCCGUCUACCUGCCGUUCGAUCGCUCUCCCUGGCCGGCAUGCCUUGCGACGGGAGCGUAAUUCAAACAGUCGCCCGCUGCUGCGGCUCGUUGCAGCACCUCAAUGUGUCCCGCUGUCACCUCCUUUCCCCGGCUGCGCUGCUUCCUCUCGGCGGCGUGGCUUUUAAUCCGUCCUUUUCCUCAACCCCGUCUCCUCUCCCACUCAGCAGUCUGUCGGCUCUGGAUAUCGGGUUUGGGGAACAGGAAGGAGACUCUGUCAUGACAGCAGCCUAUCUCCUUCUCUCUCUGCCCUACUUGGAAAGAGUGGCCCUGGAGGGCCUUGGGCCGGCCUGCCGCCUCAUCGAGCAGAGACAGUUCAGCCAGGCAGAUGAGUUCGCUGAUAGGGAAGGCGUCUCCAGGCUGCACGUGGUGUGGAGGGACAGGACCCGCAGGCAGGGUAUGGAUGGUCGGAGGAAGAUGAGAGAGGCAGAAUGGGCUGAUGAUGAUGAUGAUGGAGAUGAGAGGGAAGAGUCGGAGAGUCCAUCCUCUGCGGGGGAUGGCUGUGACACUGAAGAUUUGACGAACGAUGACCGGCCCUUUUGCUUUAAAACGGAGGAAGCUGUGUCCCAGUCAGGCUUGAUCCUGCAGCUGAGAGAUGUUGAAGGUGUAACUUGUGAGUCUCUGGGGAGUUUAGGAAUUUUGUGUCCAGGCUUGACCUCUUUAUCCGUGAACAUAGACAGACAUGGAGAUGCAGGUGGAAGGAGCCAGUGGCCCCGGUUGACUGCCGAUCUCCAGAACUGGUCAGGCCAGCUGCGGAGUCUUUCGCUUAUCUACUCCGGCCCAAUGGCGGAUCUCCUUCCUGCCUUGCAAGUUGCAGGUUGCUCACUGAUCUCUCUGACUUUGGAGGGGGUGAAAACCAGCCCUCACACCCCGCUCCUGGAGCUCAUUAGAGUCUGUCCCAAACUCAGACACCUCCUCAUCUCUGCUGAGCCUCCCGCUGCGCCGCAGUACGAAACUGAUGACGAUCAACAGGGUAAUCAAAACCUCCCAAAGCUGCCAGAUCUCCGCUCUCUCAAGCUCAGUUUCUCUUAUGAGCACGACCAAAUGAAGCCCCUCAUGUCCUGGACGUCUCUAAAGGAAAUCAUCAAGUGUCUUCUGAUUGGUUCUCCUUUACUGGAGAAGCUCUCGUUGAUCUCCCUGCCGUGCCUUCUGAACUGUGCCCUACAGGACGCCCUGCACAAUGUCAAUCUGGAUGCAGAUCUGCAUGCAGAUUCCACUGGUUCACGGCCCCUGCCACUUGGAAGGAUAGAGCACGUUGACCUGCUGCGAACAGAUGUGCAGAUGAGCACUGUGAAAAGCAUGAUUCAACUGAGCAAGAGGCUCAAGUACGUGGAUGUAAGUCACUGCUGGCGGAUCAGUCAGCGAGAGUGGCUGGACUGCAGGAGGUUCAGACGCGUCAAAGUUGUCUGGGUGUAGUAAACAGAGGGGAGGAUUCUAACUCUGAGGCCCCUCCUGAAGUAGGUGGGAAGUGUUUUUUUUUAAAAUAUUUGAAUAAAUCCAAAUGCCAAUUUUACACUUUAAAUUCUAUAUUUGUGAGAGUCUCUUUGUAUAAUCUAUAUUUGUUAUUUUGUAACAGACUGAUAUUAGCACUUCCCUGUUACGGAAAGCUGUAAGUCUUCAUUACCUGUUUUAUAUGGGCACUGGUGGUCUUUUUGGCCUACAUGUAUUUCUGAUGUGACUGAAACACAAAAAGAAAAGUGUUGUAGAAAAUGUUUUGAUUAUUAUUAUUAAACAAUGACAACAAAUUCACAAUAGACUGAAUGAAACAAUGACAAAUUUUGAUGUUUGUGUUGAUUGUAAAACCUUAAUUCAACGGACAAAUUGGUACUCAUACUC